UAGUUAAGGAAGGGAAGGGUUACAAAUCUCCGAAAGAGGGUGAAACGGUAGUUCUGGAUUUGGAAGUUAUUCGAAACAACGAAGUUGUUAUAGAAAAAAAGGAAUUUGAAGCUGCACUUAAAGAAGAUGAUAAACUUCCUAAUGGCGUUGUUCAAUGCGUUAAAAAGAUGAAAUUAGGAGAAAUUUCCUUAAUAACGUGCGCAAAGGAAUUGGCCGGGUCUCAUUUUGCUGUGGAAGAUGAAAGAAUUACUUUCCGAGUUAAGCUUCUCUCGUGGACUGAAGAAGUUGAAGUAAGCGAGGGGAUUCGCAAACUUAUUCAUGCACCUGGCGAGGGUUACAGCACCCCCGGCUUGACCUCACUUGUUAAGAUUACUUAUCAACUUCUUCCAGAAGGCCCACAUGAAGAAUUGGAGUUCACGCUAAUAAGCGGAACUGUGGAGUACGGCGUUACAGAGGCCCUUGAGGGCAUGAAAAAAGGCGAGAAAGCUACUAUUAUAGUACAACCCCCCCAAAGAGAUGCUUCUGAUCCCGCGUUGGGGGAGCUGCGCGUGCUCGUGUGUUUGAAUGAUUUUGAGAAAGAAAAAGAUUCAUGGGAGCUUUCUCGCGAAGAGAAGUUAUCAAGGGCUCAAGAGCUUAAGGCCAAAGCGGGCGAUCUUUUCAAUACCGGGAAAAUCCGGCUGGCUGCUCGUUGCUAUGAAAAGUGUGUUAGUUUGGCAGAUGGCGGGUCUUCCAUGGACAACGACGCGCAGGAAGGAGAGAUGAAACAAUUAAAGUUAUUAUGCACUUCGAAUCUUUCUCUCUGCCAACUGAAACUGAAACUUUAUAAGAAGGCUAUUGAGAACUGUACAAAAGUUCUUGAAAAGGAUAGUAAUAACGUAAAAGCACUUUUCCGACGCGCACAGGCGCUUUCCGAACUCUCCGAAGAGUUGGAGGCUAAACAAGAUUUGGAGAGAGCGAAAGAACUUGAGCCGGAUAAUAGAGCGGUGGCCAUGGAACUUCGUAAAGUCUUAAAGAAAAUUAAAAUUCAGGAUGAGAGAGAAAAAGAGAUCUUUUCGAAUUUGUUUAGGAGUUAA